AUGCAAAUGAGGCUUCUUGGGGGUACUCAAAUAUCAGAAGGUGUUGAUUCGGACAUUGAAGUUCAUAAGGGAGAGGUUCCAGAAAGAGAGCUUCCUCCUCAAGAUUCUCCAGAAAAAAGCAACAAAGAUGAUGAACAUCCUAGAGAUAAAAGAGCAACCUGCACUUACAAAAAUGUUUUUAGUUCACGUAUAAAGUGGUCUGAAUGCGCUCCAAUUAUUAACCGAGUUUCUCAUCAAGGUCGAUGUGGCAGUUGCUGGGCUUUUUCCACUUCCGGUGUGAAAGAACUUGAAACAAACGGACCUGUUGUAGCUAUAUUUGAAGCCUACUCUGAUUUGUAUGCACAUAAGGGAGGAGUUUAUCGUGUAAAUUUUAUUUUAAAAUUUGAGGUUUUCCGAAUGAGUUUAGCUUAA